GGGAUCAAGAUCAUCCAUGCGAUCGAGCCCCUCCUGAGCGAGUCGACACCCAACGCCGUAUCCAGCACCACAUCCAACGGCAGCCGCACAUGGCCGACUCGCAGCCAAACGGCCCCGCCAUCCGGGCGCUCGAGUUCUUCUCGGGCAUUGGAGGCAUGCACUACGGUCUAGAGUGGGCCGGAGUCGACGCCGAGGUCCUCGCCUCGUUUGAUAUCAACCACAUUGCCAACGAAUGCUAUCAACACAACUUUGGGAUCGCUCCGAUACAGACAGCAAUCCAAGCAUUUACUGCGUCGUAUGUGGAGUCAUUUGGAGCGAAUUGUUGGCUGAUGUCGCCGCCGUGCCAGCCAUACACCAAGGGUGGAAAGCGCCUGGAUGACCAAGAUCCAAGAGCGCUGGGACUCUUGCGGCUCACCCAAAUCCUUCACAAGCUCAAGAGCCCCCCGAACUGGAUCUUUCUCGAGAACGUUUUGCUCUUUGAGGAAUCGCGAUCGAGAGAUCUCCUGGUGUCGACGUUGAGAUCGCUGAACUAUGAGAUCCUGGAGUGGCUGCUGACGCCGCUGCAGUUUGGAGUCCCAAACGAUCGGAAGCGAUUCUACAUGACCGCGCGGCGACUUGGAACCGACCUUGCCGAUGCCGAUGGUGCUGGGCGGCCAGAGUACACUGGCAGAGUCCAUCGAGACUGGCCCUUCGAGGUCGUCUUCCCCCGCCGGCCAAUCGGAAGCUUCCUAUCGGUGCUGUCGGCCGAGGAGCAGCAGACCUGGACCAUCCCGGAGGUGUUUGUCAAAAAGAGGCAGUACUUUAGCGACCGCGUGGUUGCGACGCCGGACGAAUACGAGACAAUGUGCUUCACCAAGGCAUACGGCCAUCACGGCGUCGGGGCAGGCACAUUUCUGCAAACCAAGGGAUUUGAUGAUCCAAAGAGACUCGAAGAGCCAUCGACGGCGAUCGAGCGGCUGGGGCUGCGACUGUUCACGCCGCUUGAGAUUGCUCGGCUGCAUGCGUUUCCGAUCGACAGCUUGGCUCCGCAGCCGCCGCAGUCCCUCGAUGCUGCUGCUGCUGCUGCCGCAACUGGAGGCGCAAAGCGACACUCGUUCGAGUUCCCGGCAACCCUCUCCACCAUCCAGCGCUUCCGGCUGCUCGGCAACAGCAUGAAUGUCCUGGUUGUUGGCGAGCUGAUGCGCAACGUCUUGUUUGCCGAUCGGCAACAUUGGGACUUUUGGACGAACAGCCCCAACAGCAGCGCAGGCAGGAGCGAGCCCGAUGGCGCUCACAGCAGGGAGUGAGCCGAUAGAACGCAGCACCCUGAAUCGUGAUCGUCAUUCUCCCUUUCUGAGCCGAUGCAUCAAGCACACCAAUAGACAUUUUCAACGACUGCCAGGG